AUGACACCAAAUCUCAUGCGAAUCCUCUCUUUUCUUUCCACCGUCGCUUUCGUUCUCGUUCAUGCCACUCAGGUUAUGCACAGACCAGACAAGUACAAGGAAUCACCGAAUGUUUACAAAACUGAAGCUAAUCCCAAGACCAAUACUGUUCAAAAGCGAGCCACCGGGAAAGUCCAGUUUGCUUACUUUGUGAACUGGGGUAUCUAUCCCGCUUAUAACUUCCAACCAACCGACAUCGAUCCGUCAAUGGUCACGCAUAUUCUCUACUCUUUUGCCGAUGUGAGUCCUGCAACCGGAGCAGUUUCGCUCACGGAUCUGUAUGCAGACCAAGAUAAACGUUUUCCAACCGACUCUUGGAAUGAUUCAGGUAACAACCUCUAUGGUUGUCUCAAGCAACUGUACCUAUUGAAACUGGCGAAUCGUCAGUUGAAAGUCCUGCUGUCUAUUGGUGGAUGGACGUACUCUCAGAAUGGCCAUUUUAGUUUUGUUACCAACCCAGCUAGUCGGGCAAAUUUUGUCCAGAGUGCGGUUCAACUUAUCGAAGAUUACGGUCUAGACGGAAUUGAUAUCGACUUUGAAUAUCCGUCCAGCUCUGCCGAGGGACAGGGUUUCGCGGAUUUGGUAUCUGAAAUACGAAAAGCCUUCGAUGAUCUGGCAAAUCGCAAGGGCGAUUUAACACCUUACCUUCUUUCUGCAGCUGUGGCGGCUGGUGCAGCAAACAAUGCCAACCUAAACAUUCAGCAAAUGGACUCUGGCCUGAACUAUUGGAAUCUCAUGGCUUAUGAUUAUGCUGGAUCUUGGCUUAACUACUCCGAUAACCAAGCCAACCUUUACGGGGGGCAACGAACAGGCGUAAACACUGAUCAGGCAAUCAGCUACUAUCUUUCGUCUGGGGCCACUGCGAGCAAAAUCACUAUGGGCAUUCCACUCUAUGGAAGGGCCUUCGAGAAUACCAACGGCCUCGGUCAGCCCUACUCUGGGAUUGGCCCCGGGUCUGUUGAAUCUGGCGUUUACAACUACAAUGCACUGCCUCUUGCUGGUUCUCAAGUCUCCGAAAACACCACAGACGUAUCAAGUUAUUCUUACGACUCUGCGAAGAAGGAACUUGUAUCUUACGACACACCAAACAUAGUAAAGAUCAAGGCGCAAUAUGUUAAGAAUAAAGGACUUGCAGGUACAAUGUAUUGGCAACUUGCCACGGACAAGAAAGGGCAAGACUCAUUAGUUCUCACAUCGGUGAAUGUCUUGGGUGCCUUAGACCAGACUGAGAACCACAUUAAGUUCCCGAGUAGCAAAUGGGACAACAUAAAGAAUAACAUGGGCGCCUCUACUGGUGGUGGUGGUGGUGGUAGUGGUGGCAGUGGUUGCACUGGGGUAGCUGCUUGGAUUUCAACUACUGCUUACACUGGUGGGCAAUCUGUUACAUAUAAUGGUCACCUCUAUGUUGCAAAAUGGUGGACUCAGAAUGAGGUUCCUGGCAAAGCUGAAGUAUGGACUGAUGGAGGGGUUUGCUAG